AUGAAUCAUAUUAUUCCAAAUGAUGAGGUUGAACCAAUAGAAGUAGUUGCUGCACCUGAUGAUGAUGAGAGACAAUAUCCUGAGUUUGUUGAUAAGUGGGAUAUGCUAGAAUUUGAGGACUAUGAUGGAGACAUUUUCACAGGGGCACAAUUUGAAGAGACUGAUGAAGAGGAGGAGGAGGAAAACAUAGCUAUGGGGGUGGAUGAGCAAGGAGAGGGUGAUGAUGUACCAAGAAAUGAUUAUGACAGAGAUAAUCCAUCCUUAAAAGAAGGCAACACAUUUGCAUCGAUGACCGAAUUUAGGUAUGCACUUGCUACCUAUUGCAUCAAAGGUGAAUAUGAUUAUGUAAUUGAAAAGAGUGAGCCAACAAGAAUAACUGUUCAUUGUGCAUUUGAGAGGUGUCAGUGGAGGAUACAUGCUUCCUGUAUGCGGAAUAGUACAAUUAUUCAGGUCAAAGUGAAUCCAUCUCCUCACACUUGUCCAAGUGAAAGAAAAGGGUCACAUAAGGUAGCUAAAAGUAGAUGGUGUGCAGAUGCAGUAUUAGAAUGGGUGACAGAUAACCCAUGCAUUGGUACAACUGAACUGGUAAAGAAGAUUAAAGAGAAGUACAACAUCUUGGUGCCUUACAUGAGAGUGUAUUAUGGCAAGGAAAUGGCUCUUGACAAGAUUUAUGGCCCAUGGAAGGAAAGCUUUAACUUAUUAUUCACUUUCAAAGCUGAAGUGGAGAAGGCGUGCCCAGGUAGUGUUGUUGAGAUUGACCAUCAUACGGUGGAUUAUAAAGUGAAUGGCAAGAUUUUGAACAAAGAAUGUUUUAGAAGGGUGUUCGUUUCAUUCAAAGCAUGUUGGAGUGGGUUCUUAGCUGGUUGCAGGCCUUAUUUAGCAGUGGAUGCAACAACUCUUUAUGGGAGGUUUAGAGGCCAGUUAGUAGCUGCUUGUGCCAUUGAUGCACAUAAUUGGCUCUUUCCAGUGGCUUAUGGUGUCCUCGAGGCAGAGUCAACAGAAAGUUGGACAUGGUUCCUACAGAAUUUGCGUCAGGUUAUAGGGUUUCCACAUGGAUUGACUAUACACACAGACGCUUGCAAGGGUUUAGAAACUGCAGUGGAUUAUGUGUUUCCUGGAGUAGAGCAUAGGGAAUGCAUGAGGCAUUUUGCUUCAAACUUGGGCAAAUCAUUCAAGGGAAAGUUGAUUGAUGACAACUUAUGGCCAGCAUCAUUGACAUAUAGCCUUAGAAAGCAUAACUAUCAUGUGAAUCAAUUGUACACAAACUCUAGGUUAAAAAUAUACAUUGAAAGUCAUCACAAAUAUCUAUGGGCUAGAAGCAAAUUUGGUGAAGGGUGCAAGGUGGACUAUGUGAACAAUAACUUGGCGGAGUCAUUCAAUGCAUGGAUCAGAAAAACAAAGGGGCUUCAUUUGGUGGAGUUGCUAGAUAAGAUUCGACAAAUGCUUAUGGUAAAGUUUGAGUUGCGUCAAAGAAUUGCACUUGAGAGGUUUCAUGGCCACAUGAUAAUCCCAGCUGUGAUGAAGACAUUGCAUGAAAAGACCAGAGGUUUGAAAAUGUCUUUCAUCAAGCGCAGACCGCUUGAGGCAGAGGUGAAAGUGUUGGACAAAGAAAAGAGGGAAUGGAGAUAUCCAGUGGACUUAUCGAACAGGACAUGCACUUGUAGGCAGUGGCAGAUUACCGGGCUGCCAUGCACCCAUGCCCUAUUUUUCAUUACUUCUCUUCGUGGUGUAGCCAGCGAAAUUGAUCAAUAUGUACAUAAGUACUACUCUAUUGCCAAGUUCAAAGCAACAUAUGCUGAGAAUGUGCCUUCCAUAGAGGCAAAACAUCAGUGGGAGGUCGUGAAUCCUGGUUUCGUUCUCAACCCUCCAAUCCAGACUAGAGCACCAGGAAGACCAAGAAAAACUAGAAUAAGGUCAAGUGCCGAGGGUAGUGGACUUGGACCAAGGAAGAGAAAAUGCAAAAGGUGUGGAGGAUUAGGACAUAUUGCGAGAAAUUGCAAGAAUGCAGUAGAUCCAGCCUUUGGAGAGGAUCAGCCACUAGAGCCACAAUUGGCACUUGAUACAACUUUUGGAGAUGAUCAGUCACUACAACCACUAGAGCCACAAGUGCCAAUGGAUCAGCCACAAGUGCCACUGGAUCAGCCACAAGUGCCACUGGAUCAGCCACAAGUGCCCUCCUCUGUUGGCUCCGUGGUACCCUCCUCUGUCGUGCCUUCCUCUGUUGGCUCCGUGGUACCCUCCUCUGUCGUUCCUUCCUCUGCUGCUUCUAUCGUGCCCUCCUCUGUUGCUAUGAUAGAGCCCUCCGACCUUGCUUUGGUGCUGCCCUCCAUUACUGCCUCGUCAAGGGAAAAGAAAAGGAAGAGAGGAAAAGAGGUUGCGCGUACAACUGACGACAAUCCAACGACUAAUACAAUGACCAAGAACGGCUUUUGGGGAAAUGGCCUCCCCAACCCCCAGCCCCGUCCGUUCGCCUCCCCUCACCGCCCCACCCUCCACCAGCCUCCCGCCGGCCAGCCUCCCGCCGGCAACCAGCCCGGCGGCCACCCCAUCGGCUCCUGGCCCUUCAGCGCCCGCCCCCUCCACUUCCCGACGCCUGGGCUCCCUCGAUGGCCCAACCCCCAGCCCCAUCCGUUCGCCUCCCCUCACCGCCCCACCCUCCACCAGCCUCCCGGCGGCCAGCCUCCCGCAGGCAAUCUUCCCGGCGGCCUCCCCAUCGGCUUCCGCCCCUUCAGCGACCGCCCCCUCCACUUCCCGACGCUUGGGCUCCCUCGAUGGCCGCUCCAAGGCCCAGCGCUGGCGUGA